CGCAUGGCAGGCCAAGUGGAAUAGACAAUGGCCGGGCUGAAAGUAAUUGCUCUUAUAUCUGGGGGCAAAGAUUCGCUCUUUUCAAUAUUGCACUGCCUGGCCAAUGGUCACGAAGUGGUUGCGCUUGCAAAUUUAUAUCCUGCUGCAAAACCCGAUAGUCAUGAGACAAUUGACGAUCUGGAUAGCUACAUGUAUCAGACUGUUGGACAUGCAGUAAUUCCGUUAUAUGAAGAGGCGCUAGGCAUUCCUCUCUACAGGCAAGAAAUUCUGGGCACUGCUGUCAAUGCGGACAAGAAUUACUCGUUUCAAGAUUCCACCACAAAGGGCCAGGAUGAAACGGAAUCCCUGGUACCGUUGCUUCGCCGUGUGAUGGAAGCUCAUCCAGAAGCAAAUGCUGUCAGUACUGGAGCUAUCCUUUCAGACUAUCAGCGGACCCGGGUCGAGUCUGUCAGUAUUCGACUCGGCCUGACACCGCUUUCUUAUCUAUGGCAAUAUCCAUACCUACCACCAAAUGUGCAGUCUUCUCUGCUAGACGACAUGGAAGCAGUUGGCCAAGACGCAAGAAUCAUCAAGGUCGCAUCUGGAGGAAUGGACGAAAGCUUCCUGUGGGAGAAUGUGGCAAGCGCAAAGACCAAGAGAAGGUUAGCACGUGCUAUGCAGAGAUUUGGCGGAAAUGAAGGCGGCGCAAUUCUUGGUGAAGGGGGAGAGUUUGAGACCCUAGCCGUUGACGGCCCGGCGCCCUUGUGGAAGAAGAGGAUCUCUGUCGACGAGGCGGAAAGACUCGUGGUCGUUGGCGAAGGAGGUUCUGCUUCGGUCAAAAUCAGAAAUGCUAGAAUGGCCGAGAAACCUGCCGGAGAGAUUCAGGAGAAUACUACCCUGGAGAGUCUGAGGACACCUGAUCUUCUUGAUACUGAAUUCUCAUCUCUUCUCGAGUCUCUUCGAGCAGAUCAUACAUUAUCCGUCGAAGCCGCUUCAGCUGACUCACAGCGUGUUCAUGUGGUGCCUGUUUCUCAGGUUGAUACAAGACAAACCCUCAGCAAGAGCAAUUGCUUCCUCUCAAAUUUAACAUGUUGUGAUCCAAGCCUAUCUGCUGGGGAACAAAUGUCAAACAUAUCUGAGCACCUAAGGCUGGAGUUGGCCCGAAUAGACAGGUCACCAGACGAUAUUGUGUUUAGCACGAUCCUUCUUCGCUCAAUGUCUGAGUUUGCACAUGUCAAUCAAAUAUAUUCUAAGCUCUUUUCCAAGCCUAAUCCGCCAGCAAGAGUCACAGUUGCUUGCGGAGACAUUCUCCCUUCUGGGGCCGAGCUCAUGCUCUCAGUCGUUGUCCAUCGAGAUGAAAGCCUUUCGAGAAGAGGACUGCACGUCCAGUCCAGAUCAUAUUGGGCUCCUGCCAAUAUUGGGCCAUACUCACAAUCCAUUGCAACGCCGCUCAAUAACUUACAGAACACGAGUACACCUCCGUCAAUAGUUUACGUUGCAGGACAAAUUCCACUACGGCCUGCUUCCAUGGACCUUACAGUAAAAGGCCCUGAGAAUUCGGAGAUCCCUAUGGAUUUUAACAUGCAGACAACCUUAUCUUUGCAGCACCUGUGGAGGAUAGGACAGACUAUGGGUGUCAAUUGGUGGACAAAUGGCGUGGCAUACCUUGCUGGGUUAUCAGAUACGGAUGCUACCAAAUACCAGCAGCGUGCAAUCAUUGCAUGGAAUGCCUGGAAACACAUGCACAGCCGCGUCGAGAAUGAUGACAGCGGAGACAGUGAAGACGACCAGGAUAUCGAUGUCUGGGACCAGACUCACGGCCGUCUAAAUGAUCGAUCUUUUGCCCCUCAGGAGACUGUUCGGACUCUGCCUGAUAUGCAAAGGAUCAAAUUUGAACAAGAGAAUGUGGACUCCUGUCCACCUUUCUUGGCCGUUGAGGUAGACGAACUCCCUCGCGGAAGUGCCAUUGAGUGGGCCAGCUUGGGAGUUGCACAAUGUAAUGUCUCUCUCACUGUGACUGGAUCGGGAUCCGAUUAUCAGUGCGUGCUGGAAAAUGGGUCUUCUUUUGCACUCGCAACCGUACCUCUGAGCUCUGACGGCGCAGAUAUGACGGUGAAGACCCUCAGGGAUUUGAGCGCCGAAAGCUCUCAGGCAGAGAAAUAUGUCACGCAUUUCACGCUAUACACUUCAAAGCCAGUGCCCAUUCCAACGGGCUUUUCAGUACAAUUAAUACCGUGUCGAAGCGUCUGGGGCCGCAAUGGACAGCGCCUUGCUGCCGGAAUCGUAAUCCGCCGGGAGCCGCUUUUCUAGAUUCAUUCGGCAAGGGUGCACUAUAUCCAAAAAUAGCAUGAUAUAAAAGUCCUCUCAUUGAUUAUUUCUGAGCUUGAGAACGGAUAAAGAGGAAAGGAAACCCUUAAUUAGAUGAGUAACUCUCGGACGGUUCUCCAAGCCUUCUUGACCCACGGUUCGUGCACAAACUCGAGACAGGCCCUAUAUGUCUCUUUAUUUUUUCCAGAAAGGUAGUACCAGCGGUCCAAUUGAGGAACCUUUUAACAAAAGUCACGAUCAUAGAAUUGCUAGCUGUAAAUGUACAUAAAUAAUUUCUCUGCUCAACUGAUGAGGUAUUGUGCACUUGAUAUAGAGUAC